AUGGAAAAUAUUAAAGCUGGUGAUAGAGUUUUGUUAGUCUGGAAUAACUCUGGAGAAAACGAAAUUAAUGAUAUUGUCAAUGAAAUCCUAAAUAUUACAAACAUCCCACCAAUACUGGAAAACUCUGCUAUGAUCUCAGAAGGUUCGAGACCACAAUCUUCAUUUAAUGUGAUUUUAUCAAACUGGUUAUCACCGCAUUCCAUAGAACAUAAGGACAGUUUGCUUGCAAUAUUGAUUAAACUCUUAAAGCCCAGUGGUAAAUUAAUCUUGAAAGAGAAUAAUGAUAUAAGCUCAGUAUUGAAGUUAAAUGGCUUUGUUAAUGUUUCCAAUACAGAAAAUACUUUUGUUGCUGAAAAACCCAACUUUGAGGUAGGCUCAAAAGCUUCACUGAAGUUAAAUAGUAAACCAAUGGUGUGGAAGUUAGACGACACUGUUGAAGAUGCAUGGUCAAAAGACAAUGAUGAUGAAACAAUUGAUGCUGACAACUUACUAGACGAAGAUGAUCUGAAACGCCCUGAUAAGGCAUCUUUGUCAGUAUGCGCCACCACGGGAAAGCGUAAAGCCUGCGCAGAUUGUACCUGCGGCCUUGCUGAAGAGUUGAAGGGCGAAGUGAAGGAUACACCCAAAUCGUCGUGUGGGAGUUGUUACCUCGGCGACGCUUUCCGAUGUGCAACAUGUCCUUACCUAGGGAUGCCAGCGUUCAAACCCGGAGAGAAAGUUAAACUCGACUUGAAAGCUGAUAUAUGA